UUUGACCAUUUUUAAUUGAGCUUUUUUUAAAUUGUCGAGUUGUAAGAGUUCUUUGUCUUCUAGCUACAAGUCUCUUAUCAGAUGAUUUGCAAAUAUUUUCUCCAAUUCUGUAGUUGCUUUUGCACUUUCUCAAAGGUAUUAUUUACAGAGCAAAUGUUUUUAUCUUUGGUGAAAUUUAAUUUUGUUGUCAUUGUGCUUUUGUUGCCAUAGUAUGAGCCAUUGCCUGACCCAAUGUGUUGAAGAUUUACUCCUGUGUUUUCUUCUAAGAGUGUUAGUUUUAGGUCUUAUAUUGAGGUCUGGGAUGUGUUUUAAGUUUUGUAGUUUUGUAUGUAAUAUGAGGUAGACAACCAACCUAAUUUUUUUUUUUUUUUUUUUUUGCAUGUGGCUGUUCAGUUAUGUCAGUACCAUUUGAAAAGACUAUUCAUUCCCCAUUGAAUGUUCUUGGCACCAGUGAAAUCAACUGACCAUUGACUUUAAGGUUUUAUUACAUUGCUCUCUGUGUCUAACUUUAGGCUGCCCAGCUUACUUUGUACCACACUCUUGAUUACUGUAGCUUUGUAGAAAGCUUAGAACAUGUGAAUUCUCCUGUGUUCUUCUUGUUCAAGAUUGUUUGGGCUGUUCUGAGUCCCUUGCAUUUCCAUAUGAGCUUUUAGAAUUGGUUCAUUAAUUUCUCCAUGAAUGAUUUAGCUACUCAUUGAAAAAUUCUACUUGAACUGCAACUUACCCAUGAGAAGUGGAAUUUUCUUGGUAUGAACUCAAAUGUGAAGCAAAUGGGAUCCACUCUGGUGAACAUCAGACCAAUUGCCAGCAUGUUGUUUUUCUUUGGUCAUGGAAUUGAUCAAACUGUCCGACAUGACAAAGCUCCACCAGGCCGUGGCUGCGGGGGACUACAAUUCAGUGAAAAGGAUUUUGAAGAAAGGUCUCUGUGACCCAAACCACAAGGACAUGGACUGGAAUGACCGAACCCCCCUUCACUGGGCUGCGAUCAAAGACUCGCUGUGGCCUCCUGCAGAGACAUCUUCCUCUUACCCUCCUGUCUCUUCCUGGUCCCUCUCAGGACAUCUGGAGGUGCUGCAGCUCCUGAUAGACCACGGAGCCAGGCCCUGCCUGGUCACUGAUGUGGGCUGGACCCCAGCUCAUUUUGCAGCUGAGUCGGGCCACCUGCAUGUGCUCAAAACGCUGCACGCGCUGCACGCCGCCAUCGAUGCCCCGGACUUCUUUGGAGACACGCCGAAGAGGAUCGCGCAGAUCUACGGGCAGAAGGCCUGUGUGGCCUUCCUGGAGAAGGCUGAGCCUCAGUGCCGGGACCACCGCCAGGCUGCCAGGCAGAAGGGGCUGCAGCUGGAUCAGCGGGACGAAGACUGGGAUGCCAAGAAGAGGGAGAUGGAGCUGUCGCUUCCUUCCUGGAAUCCAAACCCUGAGAAGAAAAAGAGUAAGAAACAUCGAGGGUCCACCAAGCUCAGCAACACUAAGGAGAGGAGAGCGUGAGAGGAUGGCCUCCGAGGGAUGGGAGCCUCUGAGGGAUGGCAGGAGACUUUCCCUGGUGCCAGAAUGGUUAUUAGGUAUGUGUCCUCCUGCUCCAUCCUAGACCAUUAAUUAUCCAGACAGCUUCUACCUGUAUCUCCUGACCUAUCAUUCAGCCUGGAAGUCUUGCCUGGACUCUCUACAUGGGCUGUCCCCUCCUUGCUAAUACCUGCUUGUCCCCAAGAAUGACCAGGAGGGAACAAAUGUGAUUUGCACUGUCGUCACUGCUUUGUACUGUCAGCAUCUCCUGAGCCCCUCAAUGCAAUUCUAGAGCUCCAGGCGCAAAGAAAAAUCUCCUCCUGAGGAAACUUCAUUGUUUCAAUGCAAAAAAAAAAAAAAAAAAAAA